AUGAGUAAAACACUUGAUUCGGAAAAUCAAAUGAAAUCAGUGGAAAUUUAUGAAAAAAUUGCCGAUUAUGUCAGUAAAAGGAACCACAAUUACACAAUUCUUGAAUACUAUCUUAAUUUAGGCAUUAUUAACAAAAAUUCAUCUCCUGAUAUCCUUAAUAAAAUAUUUAAAUCAAAAGAUCUCGUCAAUAAAUAUCAUCCUCCACUAAAAACAGUAAAAUUACCCGAAAAUCUUUCCACAAAAACUCAAAAUACAAAUGAUUAUGAGCCAACUUAUGAAGAAAUUGAAAAUCAUUCGUUUGGAUUCAUUGAACCACAAAUAAAAUAUUCAUACAUAGUAUAUUUACUCAAUGAAAUCCACAAACACGAUGAAUUUUAUUAUAUUGCAUUUUAUGAACUUUCAAAACACAUAAAAUUCGAUCCAAAAUACAUUUUAAACUUCGUAAAUUCCCAAGCCUACAACAUUAUUAAAAGAGAUGCCAAACGCGAACUUUAUUUAUCUUACAAAUCAUCACCAGAACUCCUAAGUUGGAGGUAUUGGAUGAGAAUAUUCCAAGCAGAUCAAAAUUGA